AAAGCGGUAGCACAAGCAAUCCCGGUGUAUUCCAUGGCUUGCUUUGAUCUAACCAAGACCCUAUGUGAAGAGUUGAGCAAUAUGAUAAAUAGAUACUGGUGGAGCCAAGUGGAUAAAGAGAAUAAAAUACAUUGGGCUAGCUGGGAGAAGAUGACGAAGACGAAGAAAACAAGAGGCUUGGGAUUUAGGGAUCUCCAUGCCUUCAAUCUGGCCAUGCUUGCAAGGCAAGCAUGGAGGCUCAUUCAAAACCCAGCUUCCUUAUGUGCGCAGGUCCUGUCAGCAAGAUACUAUUCAGAUGGCUCAGUUCUUCAAGCCAGGCCUAGAAGCGGCAUAUCCUACACAUGGCGCAGUAUACUAAAAGGAGUAGAUCUGCUCAAGAAAGGGAUCAUAUGGAGAGUAGGCAGUGGUAGCAACAUCAAUAUUUGGUCUGAUCCCUGGAUUCCAAGAGGAAGUACUAGGAGAGUCAUCACACAGAGGGGUGGAAAUGUUGUAACUAAAGUAAAUGAUUUGAUUGAUCCUACCACAAACAAUUGGGAUGAAGACUUAGUUAGACAAACCUUUCUCCCUGAAGAUGCAAAUAUUAUUCUACAAAUCCCAAUUCAUACACAUGAAGAUGAUUGCAUAGCAUGGCAUUAUGAUAAAAAAGAUGAAGAUACAUGUGGUUUUAAUUGGCCAAAGUUGUGGUCGCUUCCCCUCCCCAACAAGGUUCUUCACUUCUUAUGGCGCAUGUCCACAAAUACCUUACCACUGCGCAUGAAGCUCCAGCAAAGAGGCAAGAAGGGAGAAUACAAGAGCAACAACAAAAAGAAAGAUGGUCCAGACCUCCACCGAAGAUCUUGAAAAUCAACACUGACGGCGCCUACCUGAAGGAAUCAAAUUCUGGAGGUUGGGGCUUUGUUAUCAGGAACGAUUGUGGUAUGGUAAUAGCAGCUGGUGCAGGAAAUUUGGGGCAAGUUUCGAAUGCGCUCCAUUCGGAGGCAAUGGCAAUGUUGCAUGCCAUAAACGCAGCUAUUCAGAUGGGUUGUCACUGUGUCAUAAUGGAGACUGACUCUGUGCAACUUCAGUCAGCAGUGAACAAUGAAGACUAUGAUCUCUCUACAUUAGGAGCUAUUUUCAAAGAUAUUAAAUUUAAGCUGAGAGUAAGCUUCAAUCAUGUAACUGUUGUGUCUUGUCCUAGAACUUGUAAUGUAGUGGCACACUGUUUAGCAGCGUAUGGUACUAAACUAGGAGCUGGCAUAAGUGAGAUUUGGCUUGAUGAAUGUCCAGACUUUGUAAAUGACGCUGUUGCUGGCGACUUGUCCAGCAUUGGUUCUUAAUGGAAUGUUUCGUGUUCUCUUUCAA